AUGUAUUGGGUCACCUUGACGUGUUCUUUCCUUUUUGCCCGGCUGGCUCUCACGCAGACCAGCGUCACAGAUCCCAUCUCUGAGGACUGCGGCCCUUCGGUUGUGUGCAUCAAUCAUUAUGCAAAUGUGUUGCCAUAUCAUUUCUAUCGGAACAUAUCCACUUCUCAGGUUGCCACAAGCUUUGGUGACACGGUAGUAGCAAAUGGCACUUCAUUACAUAACAUAAAAUCGGCCGACUUCAUUGUUUAUGACAAGGAAAGGGGCCUAAAGAUCCUUGGAACUCAGCCUACAUAUAAGUAUAUGUUUGCCGUCUCGGAUGCCGUGCAUGAGGCUCCGGUCUACGUUGCGGCACAGAACAAGCUCUACUUGUCUCAAUUAGCGCCUCCAGCAGGCUAUCUCCCGCAGCUUGUCGUCGACUUGAAUCAAGAUCCGCCUACGCUAUCAGAAUUUCUCUCCGAUCCUCCGGUCUACGCGCCAAAUGGGGGCACAUUCCACAAUGGCAGAGUGAUCUGGGGAGCCUCUGGCGGUAACCGGUCGAUCGGCGGCACUGAGCAGCGGCCAGGAUUGAGAACGCUCGACCCUGAAACUAAUAAGACCCUCACUUUGCUCAACAACUACUACGGUUAUUACUUCAAUACGGUCGACGAUCUCGCAGUGCACGGCAAAACGGGCGACAUUUGGUUCACAGAUCCGCAAUACUCAUGGUUCAAUAAGCUCACUGAUACACCCCCUCAGCUUCCAUCUGCUACAUACAGAUACAACCCUAAAUCUGGCGCCGUUUUUGUCGUUGAUGACACUCUCAGUCAGCCCAAUGGCAUCGCAUUCAACCCGGAUUACUCAACUGUGUACAUCAGCGACACUGGUGCAGUGAGUGGACCGGUCGAUCCCAAAUUCGGCCACCCGGGAACACCUUUUAAUGCCACAGGCCCCAGAACCAUCUAUGCUUUUGACGUGAGCAAAGAUGGUACCACAGCUUCUAACAAGCGGCCUGUUUAUCUGUCUGCUGGAUAUGUCCCAGACGGUCUCAAGGUUGCUGCCAAUGGGUACAUCGUGACCGGCAAUGGACGAGGCGUUGAUGUUCUCGAUCCUCAUGGCCAGCAUCUGUUGACAAUACAAACCAAUUAUACCGUGCAGAACUUCGCGUGGACUGGUCCGAAACUCAAGACACUCUGGUUGAUGGGCUCUGGGGGUAUUUCUAAAGUUGAAUGGGAUCUUGCAGGUCAGGACCUAAAGUAG